AUGGCUUUCCCUUUUAUUGGUUCUUUGGCAUUCUUCGAUUGGUGUAAAUCACUAAACUGUCAACAACAAGAUGGUGAAGAUGGUGAAGGUGGUGUCAUUAGCAUUGUUGGAAUGCAUGCACCACGAUAUCGGAAAGCUUCUGAUACGCCAGAAACACAUUUGCUAUCAUCAGCAGCAAAUGCAGACGGUUUUCGUGAAAUUUUGGAUACUGCACCUGGUGAUAAUUCGGUUGAAAAUACUGAAGGAUCAUCAUGUUCGUCGGUAGCAUCAAGCAGUAGUACUGGUGGUAUCCGUGGACGAUCGUUAAGAUUUCGGUCAUCAAUUUCACAAAAAACUCCUGGUAGCAAAAGUUUUAAUGGUCAACGUGGUAAAUUUACCAAUUAUGGCAGAAUUGAGUCUCAGUACAAUCUUUUUCCAGGUUUGAAUUUUUUAUCUGCACGUAUAUUUAUUUUUUUGUUCUCUUUGUUUCUUUUGCAUAUUCAAUUUAAAUCACAUUUUCCUUGGUUCAAGCGACUCGUAUGA